UAGCAAAAAUCCAACAUGGCGGCGAGUAAAGUGCUUUGCCUUCUCGCUUUCUCUCUUGCCUCUCUUUUUCGCCUGUUUCUUGAAUACACUUUGUCCGCGCCUUGUGCUUUGAUUGAAACCCGCAUCCGUUCAGCAACAAAUCGAGGACGAAGAUGAUUGCCAACGCCACCGUUCCACGAUUGGCCACCGCGGCUGCCCAGGCCCUGCAGCGCCGCACGUACUUCUCGGUAUCCAGCAACCUGCCGCAGGUUCGCGUUUCCAUCGGGGAAAAGGCCGCCCACGGACUGGCCAUCUUCGGUGGAGUGCUCGCCUACCCGAUCUGGGUGGUGUCGCACGUCCGCGAGUACAAGAGUGGCAACUAAGUGACGAGCGAAGAAUCGGAGCGUUCUAGUGUUGUACGUAAUGAUGGAAAAAGCGCGGUUCGCAGCACUCUUAACAUCGACAGCGGCUCAUACAUGAUCCAUCCAGCCAUCCUGCAGUAUUUCCAUUCGCUGAUGUACGUCAGGAAGAGUAUGAAUAAAGGUGCCUGCGAACCGUA